GUGCGACGUCACGCUGAGCGCAGGCGCGGUGGCGCGGCUAGCCUCUGGAACUCUACCCAACAUGGCGUCUGAGCGCAAGACUAAGUUAUCCAAGAACCUGCUGCGCAUGAAGUUCAUGCAAAGGGGCCUGGACUCAGAAACCAAGAAACAGCUGGAGGAGGAGGAAAAGAAGAUGAUCAGCGAUGAGCACUGGUACCUGGAUCUGCCAGAGUUCAAGGAGAAAGAGAGUUUCAUCAUUGAAGAGCAGAGCUUCUCACUAUGUGAAGAUCUUCUCUAUGGAAGGAUGUCGUUCAGAGGAUUUAAUCCUGAAGUUGAGAAAUUAAUGCUUCAGAUGAAUUCUAAGAACAAAGCCGCGGCAGAAGAAGAGGAGACAGUGGAGGUGGAUGUGUCGGAUGAAGAGAUGGCGAGGAGAUAUGAGACUUUGGUGGGAACAAUUGGAAAAAAGUUUGCCAAGAAGAGGGACCGAGCCAAUUACGAAGAAGAUGAAAAUGGAAAUAUAAAACCCAUUAAAACAAAGAAGAUGUUCUUAAAGCCCCAAGAUUAAAAUGGAUGCCUUGGAUACAGCAAAUGCCUGUGAGCACAGGGGGUUUGACGUCCUCCCCGUGGCGUCUGUAGUGGUUAAUGCUCCAGUGUUACCUGUAAGGAGUGUGCUGUUCUUGAGACAGAUGAGUAGUGGAUGUUAUACAUCCUUUCAAUGGCAUUCUUCAGGGUCUUCAAAUGUGUGGGCACAUGCCACUAUUUGACCUGAUUUUGAUCUGUGUGUAUGUACACAAGACAGGACACAUGAACAGCUCCCUAGUCACUGUCCUGGAAUGACUGUUGUAACCUAAUUAUUGCCACUGUUUCAACUACCCUUAUAUUUAUAGCUUACUUUUUUAAUCAUGUCAAGCCAAUUCAUACAUUCACUUUGGAAUCAGAUAUUUGAGAACUUCCCAGAAGUGAUUCACCAGGAGCAGACAUGUCUCUCCAACUUGAAAUGUCUAUGUGCUGCUGGGUCUUCUCAUCUGCAGAGGUGUGGUUUUUGAUUAUUUAAAGCAGUCAAUUGGGUCGUUUUUCUAAUCUGUAAUAAACAUCUGUUUUUGUAUA